AGAUUCCACAUAUAAACAAUAUCAUAUGAAUCUCAAACCCAAAUUAAUUUACAGUGAGGGGCUCAGCAUAAACAGGAAAAAGCAGCCGAGCAUGCAGCUACUUGGAGGGUGUUGACUGAAAACUUCGCUCUCCCCACCCCGUUCACGGUUGAUUCGACUGAUUUCUCACCUCCUUCGCAGUGAAUAUUUCAAUUAAGGUCCCUUUAGAUGGAAUAUAAUAUAGCAGAAGCCUUUUCAUCGAAAGGAUUAAUGCCUGCAUUAUCAUUUCUGCAAUAAAAGAGAGAGCUAAGUGGUAGAGGCCACAGACACCUCAAACCUGGAUUCCACAAUACUGCAUUAAGUGCUGGAGUUUUUAUCACUCUGCUGUAGGAAAGCUUUUGCCAAUGCUUACAAGGAACUGUUUAUCCCUGCUGCUCUGGGUCCUGUUUGAUGGAGGUCUCCUAACACCACUUCAACCUCAGCCACAACAGACUUUAGCCACAGAACCAAGAGAGAAUGUUAUCCACCUGCCAGGGCGGCGAUCACAUUUCCAACGAGUUAAACGUGGCUGGGUAUGGAAUCAAUUUUUUGUGCUGGAGGAAUACAUGGGCUCCGAGCCUCAGUAUGUGGGAAAGCUCCAUUCUGACUUAGAUAAGGGAGAGGGCGCUGUUAAAUACACCCUCUCAGGAGAUGGCGCUGGCACCGUUUUUACCAUUGACGAAACUACAGGGGACAUUCAUGCAAUAAGGAGCCUGGAUAGAGAAGAAAAACCUUUCUACACACUUCGUGCUCGGGCUGUGGACAUAGAAACCAGGAAGCCCCUAGAGCCUGAAUCAGAAUUCAUCAUCAAAGUGCAGGAUAUUAAUGAUAAUGAGCCAAAGUUUUUGGAUGGACCUUAUAUUGCUAGUGUCCCAGAAAUGUCUCCUGUGGGUGAGUAAGCGAAUCAAAAUUCUGUCAGAUGAGACGAGGCCUUUUCAACAUUUAUUUUCUCCAGGUUGACGGAAAUAUCUUGUUUGUAACUCAGAAGAGUAUUCCUGCACUGUAGAGGAUACAAUUAAUUUCAUUUACUUUUUUUUCUACUUAACUAUUUUUUCCUCCUGCUCUAUUCUAAAUGUAUGAAUAGAUACAUAAAUAUCUAGGAUAUAUAACAUUCUUCACUAUUUUACAGUCUUUGCAUUUCCCUGAAUUCAUGGAAUUCCUUUGUACUUUAAGUACAUAACUCACUUUGUACCGUAAUUGAUUGUCAUUGCAAAUUCAGAUGCCUACACAGUGCUGGAGGUAACACCAAAUACCAGAUAGUCAUUCUUCACUCAAAAUAAAUUAUCCAAAGUAUGUAUUGCAUCUGAGUCUCAAAGUGGUUCAGAAAGGGAUGUGUUGCAUUCUUUGUAGCUAUCCAUAGAGACUCUGAGAAAAGGUAUUGCACCCUUUGUGGCUAUAAGUAACCUACAGUAGUUAUUCCAUCAAACUAGGAAGCAAAUAUCAUUAUGAAGUCAUUACUAGAAUAAAUUUACA